AUGUCGUCCUACAGCACCGACACCCCCAGGAGAGUGGAAGCGACAGCAAUGGAGGGCUCUUCCAUAGCUUUGAUCGUGCCCACUCUUCUGAAGAACAUGAUCGGGGCCGGGAUAUUUAGUCUUCCAGUGGGACUACGGUAUGCUACUCCGAUUCCGGGACUGAUUGUUUUGGGCACCAUUGGUCUUCUCAGCGCUAGCUCCUAUUGGAUGAUCGGCUAUUGCUGCAUCGCUUGUGGUGUUAAGUCAUUCCGUGACCUGUGGAACGUUGUGCUUGGCCAAAGAUCAGCUUGGAUUAUCGAUGUGACAAUCUUUUUGAAUGGCUGGAUUACUUUGAUUUGCUACAUCAUUUUGAUUGGAGACUUCACAACCAAAUCUUUUGAAGGUUUGCUGGGCCCGGAUCACAUCCUGGCCAAGAAGCGUGCUCUAUGCCAGACAGUGAUUUCAGCAUUUGUUUUGCUGCCACUAUCCCUGGCAAAAGAUCUUCAGCGUUUGGCCUACACAUCGAUCCUUGGUCUUAUAGUGUUGGUCUAUGUGCUGUUUGUAGUCAUCCAAGACUCCAUCUUGAACAGCCCUCCCGAAAUCAGUGAAGAAGUGCACCUUUGUGAAUGGAAUUUUGGUAUUUUUGAAGCUAUUGCGCUCUACUGUCAUGCUUUUGUGGCACACUACAAUGCACCGAAGAUCUUUUCAGAGCUCGCAAACCCGACCCUUAUCCGCUGGACACAGUUGGUGGGAAUUGCCUAUUCUGUUGCCUUUGUGGUGUAUGCAGAGUUUGCCUGGGCUGGAUUUCGUCGCUUCCAACUGUCGGUGGAAGGCAAUGUUCUGAAGAACUAUGGCCCACAGCUUAACAUUCUCAUCGCAUGGCUGGGAAUGGGCUUUUCAAUUGCAUUUACAUAUCCGCUUGUCUUCAACUCAGCUCGUGAGGCUGCCAUCAACUUGACUCUCAUUGCGAGGCAAACGCUGUCGUCCAUUGACUCGCCCAGGUUUCGGCAGCUGCAAGAUGGCUACUAUGGGAGUUCAUGGCAGCACCGCUCAGAACAGCUGAUACGGCUACUAGGUCCCAGUCCGGAUUCCCCCAACCACAAGCUCUCUCAGAAGCCUGGGACAAAAACUACGUUCCUUCUCGUCCUCCUCACCUAUGUAGUUGCGGUGAGAUGCGAUGAUGUGGGAAUAGCAAAUGCUCUUGCUGGAUCAGUAAUGGGCUGUAUGGUUUGCCUGGUCCUUCCUGGCCUUUUGUUCUUCAAUGUGGCACGGAUGCAGCAGAGAGCUCAGCAAGCCCGAGGUUUGCAGAAGCCGCUCUUGACAAAAGGAUGUCUUUCGCAUCGCGAGCGAGGAUCCUCAGGUGCAGCUUUGCCGAUGAGGCCAAUUCUAGCUCAGUUUGCUGGGAUCGUGAUCUUCAUCUCCGGGACGAUUUUCACCAUCGUCGGCACAGCAGUCAUUUUGAUGCACCAUCUGAGCUAA